AUGAAAAUGGGCCAACAGAACCUCACAAUGCCCACUGAGUUCAUUCUUUUGGGAGUCACAAGGCGGCCAGAGUUGCAGCUCCCCCUUUUUGUGGUCUUCCUCCUCAUCUACACAGUCACAGUGGUAGGAAACCUGGGCAUGAUCAUUCUAACCAAGCUGGAUUCUCGCCUACACACGCCUAUGUAUUUCUUCAUCAGACACUUAGCUCUCAUCGAUCUUGGAAAUUCCACUGUCAUUUGUCCCAAGAUGUUGGUAAAUUUUAUUGUGGACCAAAAUACCAUUUCCUAUUAUGCUUGUGCCACCCAGAUGGCUUUCUUCAUUAUGUUCAUCGUCAGUGAACUGUCAGUCUUGUCAGCUAUGGCCUAUGACCGCUAUGUAGCCAUCUGUAACCCUCUGUUGUACAAUGUCAUCAUGUCUCAGAGGCUCUGUCAUGUGCUGGUGGGCCUCCCAUACCUCUACAGUGCCUUUCAAGCUCUGUUGUUCCCCAUUAAGUACUUUACCUUGACCUUCUGUGGCUCUAAUGUCGUCAGUCAUUUCUACUGUGAUGUUGUUCCCCUGCUACCUUUGAUCUGCACACGUGUGAGAGAAACAGAGUUGUUGACAGUACUGUUCUCAGCAUUUAAUUUAAUCUCCUCUCUUUUGGUAGUUCUUUUGUCCUACAUGAUGAUUUUGUGGACUGUAUGCCAAAUGCGUUCUGCAGAGGGAAGGAAGAAAGCAUUCUCCACGUGCGGUUCUCACUUGACAGUGGUGGUGGUGUUCUAUGGGACUCUGCUUUUCAUGUAUGUGCAGCCCAAAUCCACACACUCGCGUGACACUGACAAAGUCGCCUCUGUGUUUUACACCUUAGUGAUCCCCAUGCUUAACCCCUUAAUCUACAGCUUAAGGAACAAGGAGGUAAAAAAUGCCUUCCAUAGAGUCUUUAAAUAUCAAUGA